AGCGGCAGGGCACCGGGGCCCCCAGGAGGAGCGGCAGGGCACCGGGCCCCAGGGCGGGGCGGCAGGCACCGGGCCCCCGGGCGGGGCGGCGGGCGCCGGACCCCCAGAUGGAGCGACAGGUCUCGGGCCCUCAGGCGGAGAGGCGGGCGCCGGACCCCCAGAUGGAGCGACAGGUCUCGGGCCCUCAGGCGGAGCGGCGGGCGCCGGACCCCCAGAUGGAGCGCCUCGUACCACCAGGCCGGGUCAAUAUCAAUAAGGGCAGGUAGGUACAGGGGGAGCAAGCGGGCAGAUUGGUCGGGGGGCACAGGCCAGGUUCAGCAGGUA